AUGUCCUUCUUCCCCAACCUGGCCGAGCACCUCGACUCGCUGCACGACGCCCUCCCGCCGUCCCUCCAAGCCUACUUCACGCGGCAGAACAUCCAGCUCCUCCUGCGCGUCGUGGUCAUCAUCUCCACGUACACCCUGUUCCGACCUCACUUGGAGUCUCUGUUCCGUAAAGCCACGGGCACGCCGGACCAGAGAGAAGAGGAGAUCAAAGCGCGGGUGGAGCUCGCGAGACAGCAGCGAGACGGAGUGGGGCGAGGUGCUGUGCCACCUGGCGGAGUGGGCGCGGGCGUGGGCGUGGUGGGCGGCCAGCAAGGGACGGUAUACAGGGUUGUUUCGACGCAGGGGCGGGGGGACGGCAAUGCAGCGCCGGCGCAGGGGACUAAAGGGAAGGCAUCAAAGGGAGGCAAGAGGAAGGGCUGA